AUGGUUAAGAUGAAAGCAUCUCAAAGAUUUUUUAUCUUGGUCUGGAUUCUCUGUUUCGUGUGUAAAAGCACGGGUAAGUUAAAAAUAUACAUCUCUAAGAGUAAUUUUCCAAAGAUUUUUCACGUAAAUAUGUUAAUUACCAACAAAGUAGUUAUACAGUCAGUCGGUUUCAACUAAUCAAUGAUUAACACGCCUAUUAAUGGUUCCAAAGUUGGAUCGAAGAAUUGGAAAGCCAACCCGGUAACUUUUUCUCCGAGAACCUGGUGAAGAUAUAGAUUCCACUGGAUCUGUUACAGGGGGAUGUUAGAGAGGGCUUUCUUAGAUAGCAAGAUAACAAGUUUCCCAACUGUUAACUGUUGACACUCAAGUGUUAUAGAGAAUGAGCUCAUUCUCUUUUGAUUUAAGGUGGAGCAAUUUCUGUUUUCAGCUGUGAGACCGCCACCAGCAAUAACAAAGUUUUCGCCGAAGGAUCUGAUCAACCCAAAUGAGGUGAAAUUCGAAAAACGAAAUGCCUUCUCUCUGCCAUGCCAAGCUACAGGACUGAAUCUUACCUGGACUUGGAAACACAACGGGACAAAAAUACCAUACAACUCCCGCUAUAAACUCAGUGCGGAUGGAACGCUGACCGGAAGUUAUUUGAAUGCAGAGCAUAGUGGAACAUACCAGUGCUUUGUAAAGGAUGAAGAAACUGGCGUUGAAGUAUUUAGCAGAAAGCUACAGGUUGCAGUUACCGGUAGGUACCUAUUUAACUAAUCACUAGCUAAGCCUCAAAAUUUCCGUUCACGGUCAAUACGCUUCGGAUGGGUCACGUAAUGCGAGCAAAGUUUUACGGACUUCCGUCUCGGUUACUGAUUACCAAAAUGGAUUGGCCGUGUGGGCCUGGGGAGAUCCUCAGGGUCGAGGUACUGACAAGGCACGGCGACGUACUUUUGAGUUUUUCCGCUCUGCUUUUACCUAUUCGCUGGCACCACUAACAUUGACAAAAAGCUACUGAUCAUUACUUUCACUCUGUUUAUUAUUUUGUUAAAGGUUGUUCUAACCUCUUUGAGUCUGUGAAUACAUGAGAUCCUAAAGUGUACCUGUACAAGGUGGUGGAUAAUUCUUAUCAGCUUACCUGUCACUGGGGUGUACCAUUUAUUACUCAAUACAACAAUAACAACAACUUAACAACAAUAACAACAUUGCACAUGAAACAGUUUACAAGAAAUUCUCGGUUUGCACAUGACGUCACCAAAAUUUGUACUAAGGAAUUAUCAAUUCUUCUGAGUUCUUACUUUCAUGAGGUAUUACAGCAGCUUAACAACUUUAUUUAUGCAAAUGUUCGGUUCGAAGGGUUCUUCGUUUUGCGAUGGAGGACGCUUGAGUUCCCAAUUAGCUCAGUUUGCGUGACGCGGCAUUUAGCUGGCGGCCUGGGAAGCCGGCUUAUGUAGGCUGAAAACGUUACCAUUUUUAAACUUUACUUGUCUCAGAAUAAAAUAUUACUUUAGUCUUUAUGAGUUCCUCGAGCGAUGAAUUCACGCAUUUGUAGAAAAACUCAAAAACAGAUGUUUCUGUUGGUUUCCGGCAGCAAUGUUUGUGCCCCUCAAAGGGACACCAACAUGGCGUCACCAUACAAAGCUUUAUAAAUUUGGGUAAAGCUUUUUUCCGAAUAUCUCGCAUAUGAAAUAUCGCACAGACCUAAUUCCUGGCGAGGCGUUUUGUAUAUUUAUCUUGUUUAAUUUUCAGAUUCUGGACUUUCUGUAUUUAACGUUUUGCAUUUUCUUUAAUUUUAUUUUUGAUGGCGUGACAGUGAAAAUCGACUCCUGUGAAAACAGAGAAUGAAUUAAAAGUAGAUUGAAAGGAAAAAGGAAAUAUUUCACGCAACCCGUAGUUAGCUUAAGCUAAUCGAGGCGGAAGGUGAAGUGGACAAGAAAGAAAAAUAAGAAAAACUAGGUGAAAUAAUAAUUUUACGAGGAGAACAAAAGAAAAGGACACUUUAUAAAAUACUCAUGCUCGGUCAUGAGGGAUUUAAUUUCCGUUUCACAGGUUUUGAUUUUCGUUCUUCAAGUUUUUAUCUCCCAUUUAGACGAACUUAUGUCGUUAUAGCUUAAAUAGGGAGAUGCAAGUGGAUGGAGAGAGCGAAACUCGUCCGUUUGCCAGCGCAGCUCUGACACUACAAUCUUUGCAGUGCGACUGUAAUGAUAGGGGGUUUUCGGCCAUUUACCAAAAACGUUCGGAAACUUCCAUGGAAAGGUCCAUCGAGUGAAGAACGUGUUUCAAGUUCAAUUGGUUUAUGCUCUCGUCACCAAAACUCAAGAUGGUGGCAUAGCUAUAUAUGGUGAUUCCUUGUGAAAACUCGUAAAUGGAACAUGUUUUUUCAUCGAGAAAUUUUCAACGGGAAAACAGGACUACCUUUUCAAAAUUCCACUUAUUCCCGGGAACUUUCCGGUGGAACGUCCGAAAACGUGUGUCCCAUUAACAUCCCAACCGAAUUUCCGGAAUUUCUCAGUAAAUGGAAAGUGCCUAUGGCUGUGUUUUCACUAGAACAAUUUUAACUACAUAAAGCCGGAAAAGUCCGGAAAUACUGUGAAAACACCUCGUCUUGGUUUUAGCUAGUUAAAAAUGCGAGCUGUUUUCACAAGCAAAAACAAGGGAUUUUCUCGCCUUUACUAGCGGAAAUUCACGCAGCGUUAUACUACCUCACGAGAUGGUAUAACUUGUCCUGAUAAACGCAAUAACCAAUCGGGCCGCGCGUAGUGACAGACGCCUGCCAAAUAAUCUGGUAAUAUUAUUUUCCAGACUAUUGCCUCUUGGUUGAACUUGAGAAAUUCAACAUGGCAGACAAUUCUAACGGUCAUUUCUUUCGAUUUACAAUCCCACCGACCCCAUUGGAUUCUCUAUUUCUUCGGCCAGGUCCUUAAACCAGAAUUGUGGUCUUGGAUAAACCCACAUAGUCUUGCGCUUAUCCCAGUUAUGGCACUGAAUGUUGUUUCGUUGUUGGAUUGACAGAAUUAAAAGAUUUCGUCGCAUCUUCCUAAUUUGUAAGGACAUAAGCCUCAUUUGCUGAAAAAAACUCCUUCUCCUUCGCAAAAAUACAGCGAAAAUAAUCACAAGAGAAGUCAUUACAUUCAAGCACUUCGUCCCCUUUAAUUUUUUAUUAUGGCGCGCUUUUGCCAUUUGAAUCCUCUGAGAGUUAGUGGCUUAGAUUGCCGGUUAAAUUUCACAGUGAAAACAGUUGUCACGUUUAACUAAUAAAAGUCGGUUUGUAAACAAAUCUUAGAAAGAAUGUUCAGCUAGUUAAUCGCCCUAGUGAAAACACAGCCUAUAGCCUCAAACGCAGGGGUUCUUUUGGCUCGUCACUCAAUCCUCCUCGGGAACGCAUGACGAACCCCAAAGAAAAGUGUGCGUGGAAGGCUACUAGAAAAAAAUUUGCUUUAUCCUAGUUGUUGGCGAAUUUAUUAACCCCAGAGAUGUAGUACAGAGGGUCAAUCUUGGACAGUCGUUCAGCUUUCAAUGUCCGGAGCACAAAGCAAGCUUCGGUGUUACCUUUACUUGGGAAGGAAGUCAAACAAUCCAAUUUUCAAGGAACAAACGCCGUGCUAUAUCUCUGGUUGGUGGUCUGUAUAUCAUGUACGUGACACAGAAGGACAUCGAUGAGAUCGAAGAGAAUAAUGGCAUUAAGUGCAAGAUCAGUGGAGCAGGAAUUUACUAUCUUUCUGGAAGUUUGAAACUUGAGAAGAGUAAUACGCAACAAACAGGUAACGAAAAAGCUGAGUAAGUGAAUGAACGAACGAACGAUUGAACAAAGGAAGGAAGGAAGGGAGGGAGGGAGGGAGGAAGGGAGGGAGGGAGGGAGGGAGGGAUGGAUGGAUGGAUGGACGGACGGAUGAAUGAAUUAAUGAAUGAAUGAAUGAAUGAAUGAAAAAGAGAAACGGAAUAAUAAAUGCUUGGCAAAUGUUUAUAUACAUUACUUGUCGAUAAUAACCGUGGCUUGCGAUGGGCCCUUAACCAGCCAUUGCCGGUUCACUGAUUAUCAAGUCUAACCCAUGAAUAGUGGCGCUGACAGACUGAUAAACCAUUUCCUUAUUCUCAAAAAUGAAAAGAAAAAAAAAAAGUUAAGGCUCUUGAGGGCCAAGCCUCAACUGCAAGUUAUCAGGAACACUAGAAUCAUGGCCCGUCCCAAGAGAAGAUAAACCAUUUCUUAGUAUCUCUUUUUUUUUUGUUUUCAUAGCAAAGCGAUCACAACUACUUCUCUUCAUACAGUUUUGUUUUUGUAUUUUUUAGAUCCCGGAAAUCUAAAUGCACCCUCCUGGCUCGUUACCCCUGAAAGUCAAGAAAUUGCUAUUGAGGGAAGAGGCAAAACUUUGUAUUGUCUGGCCAAAGGAAGGUUUGUUGUUCCGAACACGCUUUGCAAAAAGGAAAGAAAUGUAUUUUGUAAAAGCUAGGUUCAUAUUUUACCAGAUGGCUUGUAUGGUACCUGAUGGUCUUUGUUUCAGAGAUACAAUUUUGUGGUCGAGGGCGCUCCGUUCGGGAAAGUGGUGUUCCUGGAACCACAUAGGUGUUGGGCCGUUUUGUAACUUAACAUUAUACCAAUUCUGAGCUUGCACAAAACUGUCAAAACUCGGUGUAAUAAAGUGUUAUUAAAAAUAGCUAAAGUGUUUGAUGAUUAAUAACCGGACUGAUCUGAAAGACACAAAGAUGCAUUAUGAUUGUCAAUUCUUUGUAGCUCUUCGGAGUGCUAGACAUUUGGUAGUAAGUGGGGUUUCUUGAGGUCUCCUCGCCAAAACAAAUGUAGGUAGACUUACACUACAUAUGGAAACAAGGCAAAUGAAUGAUGAUGAUGAUGAUGAUCAUGAUGGUAUAGUGACCGAACAUCUUCUUUAAAUAUUGCAGGCCUGAACCAAGCAUUACUUGGAAGAAAAAUGGGCAGCAAAUUAUUGAUGGACAGAAUUCUUUUGAGAUUCCUGCUUCCUUCUUUGGCAGAAGUUUGAAAAUUGAUGGAGUAAACAAGACUGAGCAUGAAGGCCAAUAUUCCUGUGAAGCUGAAAAUUCCAUGAGCAAUGGUCAGCCUUUAAUUCACACAGUAAAUCUUGUGGUAGAAGGUAUGUAAAAGCCUCGCUUCCUCCGCUCUGCAAUCGCACCCUUCCCUCGAAAAAAAGAAAAAAAGUUUUCUUUUGUCUUGCAGUGGGAAGGGUGCGGCUACACGUAGGCUUUCUCGGGUGGGUCCAGGUGGGUCUCUGUAAGUCUCGAGAGUUUUGUAGUGUGGCGGUGGUGGUAGGAUUAUACUUUUUCAUUUAAAACUUUGUAGGCGUGACCCUUUUCAUAAACGAAUAUCAGUUGUAUUUUGAAUGGUGGACUUUCUUAGUCACGUGACUUACCACACCCAUUUAUUGAUAUUUCUUUUUUAACAUUUUGGGAAGGUUCAUUUUAGUCUAAUUUGUUUGGUUUUUAUCAUUAUAAGCACAAUGUUUAUGGAACUAAUCGGAGUUUUUGGAAAUUAAAAGUUUACUGUAAACUAUGACGGUUUCAUUUCAGAGACUGAGGCGAGAAGAAAACUUUAAAUUAUCACAAGGAAUGUUUAAGUGUUGUAAUUCUGAAAUAUAAAAUUUUGCACAAUAAUGGACGUAGCUGGUCAUGUGACUUUAAAAAAGUGCAUUGUAAGAACCUAAAGUAAAAUAAUUUCUUCCAUCUGGGCACGGUUAUAAUCAAAGUUAAAGGGAGUGCGAGACAAAACGAGAAAAACAAGCCAGAUAUCAGCGAGGAGCCAUUCACGGAGGUAGAGACAAACGUACAAGUUCCAUCAUGUGCUUAUUAUUUUCUUAGUUGCACCAAGGUGGACUAUUGCACCACCACUAAAGGAAUUAGACAUCGUCAUUGAAAGGAAUGGAAGCCUGGCGUGUCACGUGACAGCAGUUCCUGAUGCGUCUAUCACGUGGUACAAAGAUGGACGGCAGCUGAUUUCUUCCAAGUAAGUUUAAGACGGACAAAAUAGACAAGAUUUACAAAAAAACACCUCUUGUGGGAAAACAAUUCAAACAAAACAUAUAUUUCUAACAAAUACUUUUCAUUGCUUCUAUUUCUACAGCGACAGCUUAAUAAUUCAUAAAGAUAGACUGGAGUUUAGAGGAGUCUCUUUGGAUAACGAAGGCGUUUACCAGUGCGCUGCGGAAAAUAAAUAUGGAAUGAUAGCUUCUGCCACUUGGGUUCGUGUGUUGGGUAAGUUUCUGUACAUUGUCUUAGGGUCUAUUUACACGAGCAACUUGUCCGCCUCUCAUCGCUCUCCGUUGCUAGGGACGUGUCAUAGGAAGUAAGGGAUAAUUAAUUGAUUAAUUAAUUAAUUAAUUAACGAUUUAGAGGAAGUUCAUUCACAAAGUGGUUCUUCUUCUACCAUUCCUGGUCGAAUUGGAAUUUGGAAAUGAUGGUUUUUGAGAAGCGGGGAAAUCCGGAGUACACAAAGAACAACCUCUCGGGGCAAAGGAGACAACCAACAACAAACUCAACCCACAUAUGGCAUCGACGCCGGGAUUUGAACCCUGGCCACGUUGGUGGGAAGCGGGUGCUCUCUCCUCUGCGCCACCCUUGCUUUUCAGCUCCCUAUGUUGCCCAUGUGUAAGGAUUUCGUGGCCCUCAGGUGUAAUCACCGCUGAAAUACACGCGCUAGAAUUCUGGGUAACUCCCUUACUAAACAAACUCAAGUGAAUUCAUCUAAACCCUUGUUAAUUUUAGAGGUCAAUUAUGUGGAAUGUAUGUUCUUUAACUAUAACUAUUUUUAGACGGAAGAGACAAAAUCCGAUUGUGUGACCACUUUUAUAAAUCCUGCUUCAGGAGUACUUUGGUAAAAAUUGUUUUAAGGCAAUCAAGGUUAAAGGAGUUUGAAUAAAAUUUUAUUCUUUGUAGCUUGGAAGCCAUCGUUCAGCGACGUGCAGUUUGGUCCUUUUCAACUGCUUCACGAGAGCAAAGGAAGACUUCCUUGCAAUCCGAGUGCCGCGCCUCGACCGACAUUUCAAUGGUUUAGAAGUGGUGUACUCAUCUCGUACGGAGAUAGCAGCAGGUACGAGUUAGAACAGGAUGGCACACUGAUAAUCAAGAAAGUCGAUAAAGACAUGGAUGCUGUGAACUACACGUGCAGUGCUAAGAAUUUCUUGGGCUCAGAUUCUGCAACAGCAGUUACUGUUGUUCUUGGUAAGAUUUUUGUAUGUUAUUUUGCUUUCAUUACUAUCUUUACAUCAUCAUCAUCAUUCUUGAUAAUAGCAUUACCACCAUCUUGACUAUCUACCAGUCGUCAUCACCAUCUUUCGUGGCCGUCGUGAUCAUUAGGGACCUUACGAUCUGACAACGGCGACGUCCAUGAAAACGUCACAGAAAAAUAGACUUCGCAUCCUUUUAAACUUUUUCACGAUUAUCCCAAUUCGCCUUGUUACUUAAAAGAAGGGAAUUUUCGUUGGAGAUGAAGAGAAGGGACCUCGCCCGAGUUCAAACAGAGAUGGUAGAAUUUAUCGCCUUGCCGCUCCCGUUCUCAAGAAAACUUUGGUCAUCUCAGGUCGUAAUUUAGCAGGGACAGCAAAGAAAUGUACAAAAAAGCGUGAUGCACGUGCAGAGUUGUUGUUUUGCUCAUUAAACCUAUUGCUUUGUUGACGUUCUCCUCGCCGUCGCCGUCGCCGUCGCAGUUUCGUAAGGUCGCUAUUAUCGUCAUCAUCGUCAUCAACAACGUCAUCAUCAUGAUCAUUAUCAUCAUUGUCAUCAACAUCAUCAUCAUCGUCAUCUUAUCGUCAUAAUUGUCAUCAUCAAAAUCACCAUCAUUAGUGUCAUCAUCGUCAUCAUCAUUACCGUCAUCAUCGUCAUCUUCGUCGCCACCAUCAUUGCCAUAACCUUUACCAACAUCAUUACCAUAUCGACAUCAUUAUCAUUAUCAUCAUUGUUAUUAACACAACACCACCGCCACCACCAUCACCAUUAUCAUCAAGAACUAUAGAAGUUUCUAAGCAGUGUCUUUUUGUUCAUAGUUCGACCAAGCUUUGUUAGAGUGCCAACAAAUCAAACCGUCAAAGAAAAAGGAUAUGCAACGUUUCAAUGUACAGCCAGAGGGAAACCAAUUCCAAAAAUAACAUGGUUUAAAGGCAAGAGUGAACGGAGUAUUGGAGAAACACUGAGGUUUAGAGUGGACAGGGCUGACUCUGGAAAAUACUGGUGCGAGGCGGACAAUGGCCUGGGAUUCACUAUUAGGGAUGGUGCUUAUCUUAACGUCCAAUGUAAGGAAACAGAUCGUGUACCUUGAUUAUAUUCAUGACCGUGUUUAAACUAUCAUGAAUAUAUCCUAGAAUAUGCACAGCGCUGCCUCGUACCCAGACGUCUCUCUCUCGAUGAAAAUGUGCGCGCAAAGGAAGGCGGGAGCGUCUGUACCCUUCCCAUGGUCCCUUGCGGUUCAUCACUAGUCGUUCUCCUCUACCUUGCGAAAAACGAAGCGCCUGAGGAGGAGGCUGUGCACAGCCGUAAUUAGCAGUAUUAGGGAGCUUAAGCAACGGUAACGGCAGCGAAAACGUCACUUUAAGUUCAUAAAAAGAAAAAAGAAAAUCGUUGUCGUGUGUUCCCGUCCUCCAUAUAACGGGAAAUUAGGCAGUUUCACGUCGUACUCGUGCAAAAAGCGUGAUCGCGCGCAGAGUUGUUGUUUUGCCAAUCUAAACCUAUUGAUUUUUUGCCAUUCUCGUUGCCGUCGCAGUCUUCGUUGCUUAAGCUCCCUAUUAUUAGCAAGAGGGGGGUGGGGGCAGGGGGGAGUGAUUUAUCCAGAGCAGACCCUUAGAUAAGAAGGUGCCUGGCCUCAAAAAUAUUUUUUGGACCUAUGCGCUUCGGCUUCACCUAAAUUCAAGGUGGGGCUCAGGUCUCCGGGACGGCGGGCCACUCCCUUAGGGCCGGCAUCUUAGGUCGUACAGGUGUUGAACCAAGGAGCUGAGAAAUGUAAAACUCAUCAUAUCGCUUUCAGUUCAAAGAAAACGUAACAAUCUUUGGUUCAGUCAGAAUCAAAUUCUAAGGAAAAGCUCCAGGUGAAUGAUCCAAAACUACAAUUUGGCCUUCAAGUAGACAGUAGUGAAAACUAGAACUGCUCGUUUGGGUGAGCAAUAAUGCGUUCUGAAGGAAGGAUAAAUGAUUAGGCGAGAAGGAGACUUUAAGAGAGGAGGAAAGUAGAGAGACAAGUUUUCUUAGUUUCCCCUCUCUGUCUGUUUCGCCCAAUUUUGUUCGCUUAACAAUGAAGAGCACCGGGGGAAGUACUCAACAAAAGGUUAUGCAGGGGGGCUCCGUCCCGAGGUGCUACUCCUUACCUUUUUAUAGAUUCUUUUAGAAAGGAAAGGUGCCCCUUUGGUAUACCUUUUAUUGAAAAAUGGUAUCCCCUUUACAUAUUAGUUUAGAACGCUGUAUCUCUUUUAACUGUUGCACCGUCUUUUAAAUAUGAAUAAACCACUAGAAACAGGUCCUUUCACAGACCGCAGUGUCAGAUUUCCCAAACCUCUAAUAUACUUCAAAGAGAGAAAUCCUUUCUUGUACCAGCCUCCCUGUAUAGGACAUUAUAGGGGUAUGCGUAUCCCUCCCCCGCCCUCCCGGUAGAAUGGGCUUUUAAUUUACUAGUCUACGUAAUUAUUUUCUAUAGCUUGCUCUUAAAUUUACAAAAGAAAUGUCUACAAAUUUCUUUGUUCGCAGAUGAACCAAGUUUCACUGUAAAACCAAAGGACCAGAUAGUAGAAGAGCAAGGGACUGUGUCAUUCAAUUGCGAUGCCAUUGGAAACCCCGCCCCUGAAAUAACAUGGAUCAAAGAUGGCGAAACGAUCGGAAAUACUAGUAACCUAACAUUUACGGCCUCCAGGAAUAAUUCUGGAAAAUACUGGUGUUUGGCGAAGAACGAGCUCGCUGCUCCUAUUGAGGACAGUGCCUUUCUUGAUGUGCACUGUAAGUGGUCGCCAAUGAAUGUUUUAGAAUUCAAUGACUUGAAUUACUACGACCGUCUUUUUUCAGUUCGUCCAAGGAUGAACAUGAUCCCUCAAAUUCCUCAAAGAUAACUGCGGUAUCGGAGCCCGAGAAUUUGCGGGUGUUAAGUGGUAAAACAACUUUUGGUAAAAGUUAUAUGUAAGGUUCCCUUAAUAGUGGUGCGUUUUUUUUGGGGGGGAGGGGUCAGAUGGGUAACUCGAGUUUUGACGUCAAAGGAUGACGUUACUUUAGCGUACGUCAAUUUGAGAUCUACGGAUUGAAAGUAAGGACAUCCUUUCACUGAAUAUCGUAGGUCCUUCUAAAAACGGUAGAAGUGAUAUGUGAUUACGACCAACUAAUUUUCGUAUAGAAAUAGAAAGUAUUAUUAAUACAUACCCGACCAGACUACCUUGUUUUGGAUCAGUUGGCAGGAACGGGGCAAAAGCGUACAUUCUUUCUUUAGGAUCCUGGAGAAAAAAAUACGAGUUAGAACACUGAGGUCUGAGUUUUUAAAACUGAAAUGACUGGUUUUAAAUUUCAGAUAAGCCUGAGGACACACAGUUGUCGUUCAGCGGUCCAAACAUCAGUGCCGUUCCGUUUGCUAGUGAGAUAACCUUCAAUUGUACCAGCCACGCUCGCCCUGAUGUUCAAAAGUACUGGUUUUACAAAGAACAAGAAACACUUGGCUUUAGCGAAACUGGUGUUUUUCGUUUCGUCAUCAAAAAGCCCGGUUCAUACUCCUGUGCUCCUGUUAACAGUGUAGGAAAGGGAGAGGAAGCUGCAAUUUCCAUAGGGGUAGACGGUAGGUGCCGUGUGCUUAAUUCUUUUUCCGUGAUUUGCUUUAUUUUAAAGCAGGAGAUGUAUUCGCCACGAAUCUGGCGCCCGUUUCUCGAAAGACUCGGAAAUUUUUCGGGCCCAAAGUCAAAUUUUAAAAUCAAAACCUGUUGAAUAGUAGCACAGUUCCUAGCUCACAAACCAGUCAAUUUUGCUUUGUUAACUGGUAGUUUUGUUGUAUCAUUUUCGAAAUUAUUGAAAUUUUGAUCGUGAAUGCAAACGUAGCAAACAUAAAGCAGCUUUCCGGGCAAGAAACGUUACCGGGACUUUAGAGAAACUGGGUCCCGUUUCUCGAAAGUCCCGAUAAUUAACGGGCCCGGUAAGCUGUCGCCGUUUACAUUAAAGAUCGAGGUUUCAAUAGUUUUGCAUCUAGCAGGAUAGAACUAUCAGUUAGUGAAACAAAGUGGAGUAGUCUGCUAGCCAGGACCCGCGCUCUUAUUCUGUAUAUUUCGAUUUGAAUAUUUGAUUUCAGGCCCGAAAAGUUACCGGGACUUUCGAGAAACGGGCCCCAGGCCCUUGGGCCGAGUUAGCUCGCGCAAAGACUUCUGGGAUCGUUACUUUAGACGCGCCGAAUUUUUUUCCCUCUUCCCCGUAACAAUCCCAAAAGUCUUUGUGAAACUUAACUCAACCCAGUUUCCUUCUCGUUUCUAAAAUGGCGACUUGGCCGGUUUGAGGUGGUGUGUUUUGUCGAAUUGUACUAUGGGAAUGUUUGGGGACACUAUCGCUUCUUUUAUUGGCUAUUUCUAAGUUGCACAGAAAGCAAGGUCGAAAUUCAUUCCCCAAACAGUCCCAUAGUGCAAUUCAACACGACACCGACCCAGUCCUCCCAAGUGCAACCUCAAAAUCAGCCUCAAUCCCAGGGUUUAGGAGAGAGCCCUGGGAACGAGGUUGACUCAAAAUGCCGCUACGACUGGAUCACCACCUCCAUAAAGUAACAACAAAUUUAUUCGUCGUGUUUAUUUACUUUCAGGAUCUCCUUCCCCUCCAAGUAAUCUCCAGGUAAGUGAUCUGGACUGCAAUGAAUUGACCCUGAAGCUCUCGUGGAUCCCUGGAGCCUCGAACGGCGCCCCUAUCGAUUACUACUUGAUUGAGAAGGAGUCUUCUGGUAUUCCUGUGGACUUUCUCUUCAUACAUAACGUCACGGACCCUGAAGUCACAGAAAUUGUCUUGAAUCUAACUAAGAGGACUGUGCCUCGAUUCCGAAUGAUAGCUUUCAACAAAUUUGGCUCUAGUCGCCCAAGUACACCGACAGCUGAGGGAAUUUGUGGGACCAAGGCCGCUAAGAACCCAACAGGUAUAACUACAAUAAACUGCUGAAACGACUUAGGCUCUAUUCACAGAACAGAUUUCUCCUUUUUGUUAAACGUGUUGGAGAUUCGGUGCUGCGUUCUAACGGCUUAUAGAUGUUCCAAGCAAGAAUGCCGGAAUAAAUAAAUAAAUAACAAAACAAAACAAACAAAGAAAAAUCGGAGAAGGUACCUGCUCGUGCCGUGCGCAAGGAAGGAACGCAUUCGUGCGACCUUAUUGCACGUAAACCCGUACGUGGUGCAAGUUAACGCGCAAAUGCGCGGGAAAGAAGAUCUACUCAUGUUAUUGGGUGAUUUCGCCGCGAUAUCUGUGACGGUGCGAGGCUGUGCUGGGCCGAUCUCGAAAGUGGAGCGUCACAUAUCGGAAAGGUCCUGUGCUACACUUUGGUGUGAACACGUAUUCGGACCGUAGCGGAAGUGAAUAAGAAGGAAAGAGGACUGGAAUUUACUGAGGCGGAAGUAAAUAUUUAGGAGUGAGGAUUGGGAUGUAGAGAUCCAAACCCUCUCGGCCAAGCGCUCUGGCACGAUUUUCGACGUGUGUAAACGCCUUGCUCUGAGUUUAGCCUGCGAGCAAGCUCUCCAUUUGGGAGAGUCGCGAAAAGUCACGCGAAAGCAGCACGCAAAAGGAUACGCGCUCGCUUUGCCUAUAAACGGAGAGCUAGCAGGCUACUCUUAGCGCUGUGCGUUACGGUUUAUUCUACUCCGGAUAGACACGAAACGCUGUUCGUUAUAGUGCGAACAUUGCCUAAACUACGAGUAGUCCCUCAUUUGUCCUCAGGGAUAGUAGAGCGAGCGAAAAUCGAGCGCGCGUGAAAAUCACCCCACGCGAGAAAGGCGAGACGCGGUGGGGUGAUUUUCACGCGCGCUUGCGUUUCGCUCUCUCUACUAUCCCUGAGGAAAAAUGGGGGACUACUCGUAGUCUAACAUAGCUUUACAUGUUACUGUUUUAUUGAUUAGAUGUGGUUGGGCUGAAGCAAGAAGAAGAAUCCCCAGUCUACUCCAAGACAUGGUUUGUUAUAGUGCUUGCACUUGUUGGAUAUUUUGUCCUUUUCGUGGUUGUUCUUAUUCUCAUUAGAAAGUAUCGUUUUGGAAGAGGACACAAAUAUAAUGGUAUGUACUAUAUGUAACGCAAGAAAAAAGGCCGUUGGUCACGCAGCAUCUUGCCUCACCUCUCUAUUACUAUAAGGGCUUGAUACAGUUAGAGUUUCAAACCACCUAGGUGGCAGGAUUUGGAUAACGCGGUCAGAAUGGACCAAUCUGCUGGGCUUCUUCAAAACACUAGAAAAGACGUGGAGAGGGCAUUGGGGAGGAAAACUUAAGCUUAUGUUUUUUAUAAGUGGGUAGAUGAAAUUCAAAACUACGAUUUGACCAUUCCAAUUUUAGCUACUGACGGCAGUAAUCUCUUGUGGUUCUGUUUACUAUGUUCAUUGUACAAGGUGGUUUUAACUUUCGCAUUUGUGGUUGAAAUCCUAAAAUGGUGUGACCAUUCAAAUGAAAGCUACUAAGCAAUGCUUCCCUUGGGUUAAUUAAGUGUUCUAUACAAGGUGGUUCUUACUUUUUUUGUAGGAAAAACUUGUUCUCUAGUCCUAUGAUAUGAUACUACUUUGUGAUAAAUACCUGUUAAAGCAAGAUGGCAAUUUCAUGUUUGGUAGUGCAUGCGAUAAAGAUGUGAUUACCAUCAUUGGCAAGGUCUUGAGUGUCCGAUAGGAAACAAACCUACAAUCAUGGACAAAGUCCUUGGGACGGUACCGAAGUAUUCAUAAUUUUCAGUAAUUUCUGGGUUCCCUCAUGAAACAGUGCAUCGUUUUCGAAAUUUUCUCUCAGUUUUCCCUCCCCCACCCUAUAUAAAGUUGAAACUCAUAAAAAAAAAAAAUUCUGGAUACACGAGUCCAACGUUGUUUGUUGGUUGAGGGAAGAGGCUGGGCUUAUGUGAAUUGGAAAACGCCCCAGAAAUGAAAAGUGCCCCACGAUUUUUAACCAUGAUUGUAGCUAUGACCUCCCAGACACCAAACGGGUCCUUUCUCCACUGAGAUAAGGAGAAGUUCAUGAAGAGCGAGGCAAUACUUGAGAUUCUCUUGCGCUUUGUGAAUGGAGCGUACACCUGUAUGUGUCAGGGAUGUCGUUGGCUCAAAUCCUGUCGAGACGCAAGUAGAGUUUUCUUUUUUCUUGCAUUCGAGUCAUCAUGAUGAUUAUCACAUCUUUCUCAUGGUACAAUUGCGUUUGAAGAGUUUUUAUUGCUUUUAGUCGUCGUUGAGAAUGAAAGCGUUCAGUAGACAGGCAUGUUCGUUAUCUGAUAGCCUACAUAGCUGUCGGGAUUGUUGCGCCCGGGGGAGCCGCCACGCGGGAUUUUCGGGAGCGGCAAAGCGGCGGGUUGACUUGCUUUCAAUUUUCACGCGGCUCCGACACCGAAAAACCACAUCAUUAGCCCGCUAAUCCCGCCAGCUACGCAGGCUAUUUAUCUGAGUGAUGUUAAUGACUUGACUCUGAUUUUUCCUGCAGUUGAAUUACGCGAAAACAAAUAUGGUUCUGUGAAAUACCAAAAUCAGGAAAGAAAAGUGAAAACAGAAGAGAAUGACGAACAAAAUGAAGAGGAUGAAGAAGGAAACACACCUUUCAUCAAAAGCAAUAAUCCACGGUAAGUAUUAUAACGAAGCACUUCUUGCACAGGCAUACCAGGAGCCACAACAAAUAAAAACACGUCCCACUAAUAAUGAAAUACCUUCAGUCUUAGAGUAUCAGUUUGAUUCAUCUUCAUUCUUUCUCUGCAAAUGACUUCCUCUUUUGGACGCACGUUCCAUAUAUCCACAAUUUAAUUGGCGCUUCUUUGGUACUAGGUCGGAAUACUAUCCAAGCUGAAUCGGUUUAGCUUGGUCCUUCCUCCUCUGCUGUAGUUCCUGUUGGCAGUAAACGAGAAAGUUUUUCUUCGUCCCAUCAUCGUUCUUUGCAUGCAUUCUUUUUUCUCUCCGCAGCCUCUUGGUCCCGCGUUUUUACCAAUGGUGUACAAAAGUGAGCGCUCAGGAGAAAAGAAUUGUUGUUGUGGAAACCAUUCAAAUCAACAGGGGCAGCCAAAGUCAAUUUUCGAAAAAUAUCUGUUCGGAGGACGAUUUGAGAUCUAGGAUUUUCGGAUCAUUUGUUGUAAAAUUUCUCGCUUGCCUGCCUCUCCCAGGAUUUUCGAACAUCUAAAAAAUGGUAUAAGUGCCCAUUUUUAACGGAUUUUUACCCUAAGAAGGUCACCUAGAAUUUUCAGGAGCCUUUUUCAGGCUGAAAUUUUCGAAAAGGUAAGUUUUGAUCCCUAUAAUAUUCAGGUCACUACAGAGGGUGACUUUCAGCUAGGAAAUUCGAACAGAUGAAAAAUUUUUAGGGGAUAAAACUAUGCCCAUAUCUACCUUGUAAAUACUAAAAUACCUUUAAAGGGACAGUGUCCCGAUUAUGCGCACGCGCGAGCGUCAUCUGUUUUUUCUUCAAAAGACAAUGGAACUGUCAUAUUGACUUGACAAGAUUUCCUUCCGGACCGCACCGCCGACGGGGUUUUGCUGUUUAUAUUCUCAAGUAAUAUUUUAGACUUUUGCGAUCGAAGAAGUCUGACGUCUUAUAUAAAUAUUUGGCUCGAGGUUCGAAGACUCAUCGCGAUUUUAUCUCUAGCUGGGCCGCCUGGAGACCCGAAAAUCUCGUUUCGCUCGCUUUAAAAUUGAAACUCGUGUCAGAGGUCAGUUGUGCCAAGUCCAGUAAUAUCUGCCUGAUUUACUCGCGUUCUAGCCUCAAACGUUGAAAGACAAAAAAAUGCAAUCUCAACGCUAUGAAUCAUCACAAAGGUUAGUAAAAAAUAUAUUAUGGUUUCACGGCACUAGUUUUUCUAAACAUGUAGCGCCUGUUUGUUUGAUUUUGUCGGCCGUAGGGAGAUUCAUUUAAAAGUUUACUAACGCGUCGUUGCAAAACAUUCUGCUUCGUCUCAAUGGUUUCUUUCUUACAGUCUCUAUUGUUGCUGUUUCAUCUCUGCGUAUUCCUUUCACAAUUAUCUGAGCUUGUAUGGAAGCUAGCAGAAGAAAUAAGCCUUCAAUCGGCAUCAAAGUGCUUCCAAUCUUUUGGUCCUCCCGCCAACGGCAAUAAAAGUAACGCCAAAAAAUCCAGAUUAUGCCCAAAUCGAAACUUAACCGGAACAAUAUAUCACUGAUCUGUAAUCCUGAGAAGUUUAAUUGUCGUAUUGAACCCGGCCAAGCGCGAUGCAAACGGAUUUUUCAAGGUUCUCUUACUCUCCUCGCAUCUUUUGAUUUCGCGACAUCCUGUCCUAAAAUCAAAGUCUGGUGCAUGCGCAGUAACGGGAUACUGUUCCUUUAAUGAUGCUAUGUUUAAGUGGUUUUGAGCUAUAUUCUCGUUGGGUGCCCCUGAUAUCAAGGAAAUGGCUGCAACACGUUAACCAAUAUAAUUUGAGGUGUUUUCUUUGUAAACAUAAUUCACCGCUAAUCAUUAUAUACUGUUUAUUUUACGUUACAGGGAGAAAGAAAGGCCGACUUCUCUAUAUAGCGCAUCUGAGGAGAAUCUAUUUGCCGAAGACUUUGCCUUUGUUGACGAAUACAAAGAGGCGGACGUUGUUUUUAAGUAUGAAAAAGAAGGGACCUUUGUUUAA